ACGGCAACUUGUGGAGCUAGAGCUUUUGGUUUUGGGCGUGGUGGCUGGUGGUGCGAGGGAGGUAGCCAACCCAAGUGUUGCCGCGGCUGGGGCUGGCUGCUGCCGCCUUUCCAAGGGCGCCUUUUCCAUUCUCUAGUUGCUUCUCCAUGGCUGCUUCUAUUCUAUCUUCUACUCUCUCACCCUGCUUUUGGCGUCGCCACGGCACCUCCAGAGUCCGGGAUGAGAUUGGGUCAGAUGACGUGGGAGGCGCAGGGGGUAGUGCCUAUAUAGCUGCCUGUUCACGCCACACCACCACCUCCUCUUCUUCCUCUCUCUCCCCCUCCACCAACACCUCUUCUUCUUCCUCCUCCGCCUGCCUGGCUCGCAUUGGCGGGCGCCGGUCGGCGGAACCAAGAUGCCGACCAUCAAAAUCAAGGUGGACCUAGAAUGCUGCCGCUGCUACACCAAGAUCCAGAAGGUGCUCACCAGGAUCCAAGAGAAGGGUGAGUUCUGCAUCGACGACAUCGAGUACGACGAGAAGAACAACAAGGUGAUCGUCACGGGGCCGUUCGACCCGGACAAGCUCGCCGACAAGCUCUGCUGCAAGGCCUGCAAGAUCAUCAAGGAGAUCGAGAUCGUGGAGCCGCCGCCCCCGCCGCCGCCCAAGGAGCCGGAGCCGCCCAAGAAGGAGGAGCCCAAGCCCCCGCCGCCGGAGCCGAAGGAGGAGCCGGCCCCGCCGCCGCCGGCGAAGGUCGACCCCCCACCGCCCCCGCCCCCGAAGGAGGAGCCCCCGCCGCCCCCGCCGCCCAAGCAAGAGCCCGCCCCGCCGCCGCCCAAGGUGGUGGAGGUCCCCUACCCGUGGCCGUACCCGUACCCGUUCCCGGCGUGGCCGUCCGAGUGCUGCUGCCACCACGGGCACGGCGGGUGCCACUGCUGCUCCUGCGGCAAGGCCCCCGAGGCCCCGCCGCCGCCGCCGCCGCAGCCGCAGUACAUCCCGAUGCCGCAGUACGUGCCGCAGCCGUACCCCUGCAACCCCUGCGGCGGCGGAUACCGGAUCGUCUGCGAGGAGGACCCCUCCUACGCCUGCUCCAUCAUGUGAUCAUCACAUCCCAAUUCCCAACCAGAAAAUUACUGAUUAGCGUGCCCUUAAUUACCACCCUAUCCCCACCACCUCCAGUGCCAUCCCAUCAAUCAUGGAUGCCGCCUCCUGUACAAUCCAUCCGUCACCGUACAGAUUCAUAUACUCCGUAUACUAUACUAUACUAGCACCGUGUAUACCGUAUCCUUGUCAUCUACUUAGCAAAUAUACUAUAUAUAAAUUCUGCUUCGUUACAUGUUAGGGCAAGUAAGUGAGAGAAUAAAAUCAAGCAAUGCUGUUGAUUCUGUGUAAAAAGGACAAGGGUGGGAACGAAAGAGAGUUCAUCUGUUCAUGGCAGGAGAAGUGUCUACCUGCAGGCUCACUUUUUUUUUCCCUCUUUAUGUUGCAGUCAAGAAAUGGGUUUCCUUUCGCUACCAAAAACUUUCCA